GGGUCUUUACGCGCCAGGAGCUAAUUAAUAGGAAAUUAGCCGGGUAGGGGGCGGUGCCUGCCUCCCGCCCUCGCUGCACACCUUAGCUCAGUGUCCCCGCGCCCAGCCGCCUGCACUGCCUUGCAGACCUCGACCUCCGCGGACUCGCUAGCAAGUUUGAAAAAUGGCUGAUCUCACCCAGCUACUGGAAAAUGAAGUAUUCAUGGCUUUUGCCUCCUAUACAACGAUUGUCCUUUCAAAAAUGAUGUUUAUGAGUACUGUAACUGCAUUCUAUAGACUAACAAGAAAGGUAUUUGCCAACCCAGAAGACUGUGAGAGCUUUGGCAAGGGAGAGUCUGCCAAGAAGUAUCUUCGGACAGAUGACAAGGUGGAACGUGUACGAAGAGCCCACCUGAAUGACCUUGAAAACAUUGUUCCAUUUGUUGGUAUUGGCCUGCUCUAUUCGUUGAGUGGUCCAGACCUGUCUACAGCUCUCCUACACUUCAGGCUCUUCGUUGGAGCACGGAUCUACCACACAAUUGCAUAUUUGACCCCGCUUCCCCAACCAAAUAGAGGCAUGGCUUAUUUUGUUGGAUAUGGAGUUACUCUUUCAAUGGCCUACAGGUUGCUGAAGACUAGAUUGUACCUGUAAAGAAAAUCAGGUAUCUCUUGUGCAAUUGGUUUUUAAGAAUUCUAUAAUUCCAGUAUAUAGUGAAAACUUUCUUAAGGUUUCAAUUAGGAGGGGAACAGAGAAAUUAGGUAUGUGGGUGGGUGGGGGUGGGUUUAAAGAUUGGCAUUGCUAAUGUCCUUUUAUUCUUGUUUUGUAUUUUGCUGUAGACAUUCAACAGUAAGUCUUUUGUGUGAUUCUUGUAAAUUAUGGUUGUUAAAAUUUGCAACAUUCAUCAGCAUUUCAUAUUAUGAAUCUAUAAAAAAUUGAUUGCAUGUGUGCAAAAUCUGUAUUUCAGUACUGCUGAAACAGGCAUAUGAAAUAAAGAAUUUGAAGAAUA